CUAGUGAGAUUUUUCCACCCUGUGAUUUGGUGAUUUGGGGGUCCCCAGGGGGCCUGCCCCCCAGCUCUACCCACCCUUCUCUGACAGCCCUUCUCUCCUUCCCCCUCAGCAAGGACCAGUCGCCCACAAUUGCAGGAAUGUGCUCCCUCCCCAUGGCAAGAUACUACACAAUUAAGGAUGCAGAUCAGAAGGCUCUAUACUUAAGAGGUGACCAGCUCCUGGUGGGAGAUCCCAAUUUGGACAACUGCUGUGCAGAGAAGAUCUGCAUACUUCCCAACAGAGGCCUGGACCACACCAAAGUCCCCAUCUUCCUGGGGAUCCAGGGAGGCAGUCGCUGCCUAGCCUGUGUGGAGACAGGAGAGGGUCCUACCCUGCAGCUGGAGGAUGUGAACAUCGAGGAUCUGUACAAGGGUGGUGAAGAAGCCACACGCUUCACCUUCUUCCAGAGAAGCUCGGGCUCAGCCUUCAGGCUUGAGGCCGCGGCCUGGCCUGGCUGGUUUCUCUGUGGCCCAGCUGAGUCCCAGCAGCCAAUACGACUUGUCAAGGAGAGUGAGCCAUUGGCCCACACUGAGUUCUACUUUGAACAGAGUCAGUAGGGA